GUUGCAUCCUGGGAUCAAGGUCAAAGUUCAACAAUAGUUGAUGGUUUCACAUCAACUGUUUUUGCCACAUUUUCACCAAUUUUACACCGUUUCUGGCUAGUGAUGAUAACGACAAGCACCGUCCUUGGACGAUUUCGCCACAGACAUGAAGACCCCGCUUUUUGAAGUGGUUAGCCUGCUGAGAACUCGCCCAUCGGCACCCAAGAGGGGCGCGUCCGGAUCCAGCGGACCUUCCAUCAACCUCUGUAACUGGUGGCAGGAGGGGAAGAGGGCCCUUCUUGUGUUGCUGUGUGAUAAUGGAUUCCUGUUACUCCAGCACAUAGUUGAGGGGAGGAAAGUGAACACCCGACAGCUACCAUGGUUUCAGCACCCAGGCAAGGCUAUCCGCGCCAUGGCGCUGGACCCGCGGGGGGCGUGGCUGAUGUGUGCAGGUGUGAGAGGAUACCUGUACAUCGUCCCAGCACUGCUUCUCCUGGAUCCAUCAGCAGCUGUCAAAGUCCUGUGGAACAAGGAUGAUGUCACAGAGGUCAAACCAACCAUCAGACAUGCUCCUCCAACCUGCAUUGAAUGGUGGUACACCUUUGAUGACAAACAGAUAGCUAUCAUUGGUACUGAGAUAGGAGAACUGGUGUUUGUAGACCUGAUACUGGGAAGAGAGGUGGGCAAUACACAGGUCAGGGAAUAUGUGGCAACAAUGGACCUCAUCAGGGAUGACAACCACUCCACAGUACAUCUGCUGGUGCAGACCCAGUCAGGUAUCCAGUGGAGACUCCUCCUGGAGCAGCGCUCCUCCAUCCUGCCGGAGUCUCCAGGGACGGCCUCUGGUCUGGGGUUUGAGAUGGUGGAUGCUAUAGACAGCUUCCUCCACACAGACGAGCUGCGGCCAGAGUUUACACCUGAGGUGCUGAACCAGUUCACUGAUGAUGUCAGACUGUCUACCCAGCAGGCUAAGGGCUGUAGUCUGCUGAUGGCACAGGACAGGGGCAGGGCUGUGUGUAAGGUGUAUGACAGUGGGCUGCAGAGGUCUGCCCUGUAUGUGUACAGACUGCCUCACGACUCCUCACACAUCCUGCUCACAGACAGACUCAUGUUUGUCACCACAGCUGACAGGGACACACAGGUGAAGUUGAAUAUAGUGUCUAACCAGAUGUCUGAGACCUCGGCUGAGGAGGCACAGACGGAGGAAACCAACCUGCACUCAGUCAUCCAGAGUUUCACCCUCCCACCCCAGGAGCAGGUCAUCGCCCUGUACAGGAAGACAUUUCCUCCUGAUCUCCUCAAGAAACUGGAAAGUCUUCACAGCCAAUCACAGGGCAGGACUCCCAGCAACCAAUCAGAAGAAAAGGUGGAUCUAGCAAGCCAAUCACAGGACAUGGUUCAUGGCAACCAAUCAGAAGACAAGGGUGUUCUAGCCAGCCAAUCAGCUAAGGCUUCUCCAUCCAUGAAUGUUGACCAAUCAGAGGCAGACUUGACCAAGAUAGACUUUACUCAAGGAACCCUUCUUGAGGGUUGUGUGGUGGUGACUUCAGCAGGAGUGUAUGAGUGUAGACCCAGAACAGUCCCAGAGCAGCUGUUCCUUGAUCUGGCUGUAACGGCAGGAGACACUGUAGCAGCUGAGAGACUGGGCAUCACUCUAGGGCUGGACAUGAACAUGUUAUAUGAGGUGUCAGCUGACUGUAUGCUGUCCCGGGGAGAGGUUGCACAGGCUGUGAAGCUGUACCAGCUGUCCAAGGCCCCGCACAACAAACGCAUAAAAAAGUUGGCCCAGUAUGGUCACAUGACUGAGGUCAUGACACACCUGAAGCAGGUACUUAGUAAACCAGGGGAGCUGCCAGCUAAGGAAGAGAAGCAGCUGUGCGACUGUGCCCUGCACUGUUACACCCAGCAGAUCCUGCAGCACCCGGACAGACCCGCCAUCAUGGAGGGUUUCAGGGAGUUCCUCAUGGAUAACUUCCACUACGAUGAACAGGCAGCACUGCAGCUGCUGGCCUCACAGGGCCUGCAGGAGCUGCUGUUUGAGGUGGCUAAGGCCCGUGCCCUGGUGCCUACAGCCCUGGAGCUGUUGGCCCAACAGGGCACCCUGCACCUGCGCGGGCCCAUCCUGUCCGACCUGCUCAGUAGAGGCUACAGCCAGGCCAUCUGUACAGCUGCUGCAGGUGCCUUCCUCAAGGCCCUGUCGUCGGGGGAGACAGUCAGGGUACUGCUGACCCAGCCUGACCUGGCACUGGCUCACACAGGCAUGCUGUACUCCUGUGUGCCCCAGCUGGAUGACAGUACACUGCUGAGCCUAGCCAGGGUGUUUGACCCCUCCCGACCUCAGGUCUCCAGGGCUCUUCACAUGGCCAGGGCCAGACACAGAACCACCUCCUCCUCAAGCAUCCUGUCCAUCAGCAGUCUGGACAGUGACCAGUCCCACCCAGACCCAGGCAGCCGGGCAGCCACAGCCCGCGAGCUGGUGCAGUUCUUCCUCUAUGUGCUCAUUGUGAUCAACUACAGGAGAGACCACCAUUGUGAACACGGUGGCCCAGAGACAGCUGGUGAGGUGCCUGUAAAAAGGAAACCUCCACUUUCACAGGCAGCUGUGGUGUCCUGUGGACAACAGCAUGUGGCACUUUUAACAGAGGAGGGAGUUUACACCUGGGGGAAGCCCCACCAGGGCCGGCUGGGACACGGUCAGCUGCUGGGGGACAGUGGGUAUGUGCCGCCCAUGCGGGUGGAGACCCUGUCCAUACAGCGGGUACAGGUCAUGGCUGUGUCAUGUGGGCAGGACCAUACACUGGCACUGUGUGACAAUGGGCAGGUCUAUGCGUGGGGUUCUUCAACCUACGGUCAGCUGGGUUUGGGAGACUGGGACAGACAGACCCACCCGACCCUGGUCACCCAGCUGAAGGAUGUGUUUUGUGUUGCUGUGGCAACAGGACAGUACCAUUCUACAGCCCUGGAUGGGGAGGGAAGGGUGUGGACCUGGGGCUGGGGUGUACAUGGGCAGCUGGGUCAGGGGAACGCAGAGAACCUGAACAAACCUCACCUGGUGGCAGCAGUACAGAACGCUGUCCAGGUGUCUACUGGGUAUGCACACACUGCAGUGCUGACCAGGAGUGGAGAGGUCUUUACAUUUGGAUGUGGUCUCCAUGGCCAGCUGGGACACGGUGCUACCGACAAAGUCAGCAUCCCCCAGAGAGUGCAGGGGAUUAUGGGUAAAGUCGCUCAAGUUGCCUGUGGACUCUUUCACACGGUGGUGGUCACAUCCAGUCAGCAGGUGUACACCUUUGGUCGCCACCCCCAAGUGUGGAAGCAGUACCUACAGAACAGCCGCCGACAGGCCCGUGCCAGCACCUCCUACACACAGAGCCCCGCCAAACACGCCAUGGGGCUGUCAGGGGAGCUCUUCAAGCCCCUGUGGGUACAGUGCAGGGUGGAGGGGAGGAUCAGGCAGGUGGUCGCUGGUGCUGUACACAAUAUGCUGUUAACCUCCUCGGGUGAGGUGUUCUCCUGGGGCAUGAACAACUGUGGACAGCUGGGACAUGGUGGAAGGUCAGAGGUCACCAUUCCUAAGGUAGUGCAUGUGCUGUCAGGGAAAUCGGUGGUCGCCAUAGCAGCGGGAGAGGACUUCUCUGUAGCUGUGGACAGAUCAGGCAAGGUUUGGGUGUGGGGCAGGAACAGCCAUGGUCAGCUGGGGAUAGACAUGAAGCAGAGCUCCUCCUCCUCUUCUUCAUCCUCAUCACUGGGGAUCUCCUCUUUCAUUGGUCGAGAUGUCCUCACACCCCUGCAGCUCCAGGGCAUCCCUGGUGCCAUCGUGCUGAGAGAAGAGGAGGAUCAUGAUGUCAGUGGUGAAGAUGAAGAGAGCCUGGAGGACCCAGAGGAUGAUGCCGGUCUGCCUGAUCUGUCUACAGUAGACAAGGGUGGUCCCGCCUACGGCAGACAGGCUCUGAGAGCUGCCAUCAAACACUUAGGGACAUUCUACCAGCCACAUGAUGUCGUCAGGCUGUGUCAGGACUAUGAGGACUGGGCCAGUGCUGCAGACAUCUAUGAUGAGCUCAGCCUUUUCCCACAGGCUUUGGUAUACAGACUGAAGGCACUCAAAAGAGCUGAUUCAGAGAUCUCGUCUGAUGAAGCUGUCAAUCACGUGUCUUCUUACAUCACCAUGGUGAUAGAGGACAGUACUGGAGGGUUGGAUUCCAGUCAAAGACACCAGCAGCUUUUAGAAGGAGUGGUUGAGUUCUGGCAGGAGGCAGGUCUGGAGACGGCUGGGCUGGAGCCUGUGUUAGAAACACACCUGCCUACACUGGCCUGUCCACUCUUCAUGGUGCUGCACAGGAAGAGGGAGACACAGACUGCUGGGGAGGCUACAUCUACAAAGUCUGUCAGUUUCUCCACAACCUUCCAUCUGAAGCUGACCUCAGCUGUCACUCAGCAGAUCAUGCAGGGAAAGGUUCCUCUGGAGCAAGAAGAGGCCUUACAAGAAGCAAUACUUGGAUCCAACCACAGCAGCCUGCUCCCGUUGCCUAGCAACUCGGACAACCUAGUUCCGGAGGACAAGCUGUGGCAGGAGAUCAUGCAUAACCUCCAGAAGGAUGCUGGGAAGAGGGGGUGCAUCCAGCUGUCCCAGAGCGAGGCUGAGGCCGUGUUCGGUGACCGGAGGCCGAAGGAGGAGUCGCGGAUCCCGCAGAAGGCUGUGUUCUUCACCUGUGGACAUUCGUAUCGCGAGGAGGAUUAUCGGGAGGAGGUGUACAGGUUUGAGAGUCGCAUGAAGGCCCACAGCGCCCCCCUCCCCCUCACCACCAGACUGCUGUGUGACCAUUUCAACACAAACACACAGAUCCCCAUGGCCUGUCCCAAAUGUGUCAUCAACACUGUUCUCAGUGACUGAGUCAAAGGCCAAUAAGUAGCACUAUCAAGUAGCUUUUAAGUUUGCAGUAAGACAAAGGUCAAGAUUUUGCAGUAUUAAAGACACAACCAGAAACUACACCAAAUGUAAGUUUGCAGCUUUCACCACAAAAACCAUAAACAUGAAACCACUGCCAAUUUUUCACAAUUUACAGUAUACUGUAAGUAUCAUCAACAUCAUUCCAUUAUAUAGGUAACAAAAUUUGUUUUCUUCGUUACAAAUCACAAAUCAAGUGUAAUCAGACAGAAAUAUACUAUAUAGUAACCAGACAGACACAAUAGUUGUAAGCAUUGCAGAAGACAUUACAUAAUUACCAACCAUUAAUGUUGGUUACAUAGGUCAAGCUAGAUGAAUAAGUAGACAUUUCAAAGACUCAUCUUGUACUAAGUACAGUACAGCUCAAAGUAGUUACCAGCUAGAUAUCAGGAUAUCAGUCCUGCAAUAAGUUUUCAGCAAAGCAAUGAUGACAUUCUGGAAAAGUACACUAGAGAAUAUGUUUGUUUUUUAUUUGAUUUUGUUACUUGCGAGGUCAAGUAGUAGAAACACAUGA